AUGUGUUGUUUUAGUGCCCCCGGACGGCUGGAGAAUUCUGGGCGUUUGGCUGGACAAAGUUCGUCCCAGACUUUCAGGCAGACGACUUCAACCUCUGAAAGCACAAAAGAGAUAAAAAGCCAUGCCCCGUCAUCCCAUCCACAAACGGACGUUUCCAGGAGGACAUUGCAAGUGGAUAACAAAGGUCAAAGGUCGGGAAGGUCACCCGCAUCCUCUCCAGGCACCACGCCCACGUCUCCUUAUUCAGUGCCCCAGAUUGCGCCUCUUCCGAGCAGCACACUAUGUCCGAUAUGCAACACCACAGACCUCACCUCAUCCCCUAACCAGCUAAACUUUAACACCUGUACGCAGUGUCGCAGUGAAGUCUGCAACCAGUGUGGAUUUAAUCCCAACCCUCAUCUCACAGAGGUGAAAGAAUGGCUAUGCUUGAAUUGUCAGAUGCAGAGAGCUCUGGGGAUGGACAUGACCACAGCAAACCGAUCAAAAAGCCAGCAACAGCUGAAUUCUCCUGCACUCUCUCCUUCAUAUUCCCCAGCCAAACAAGCAAAGGGGCCAGCUACUUCACAGUCACUGAAUGAGCUGCAUCAGUCACCACAUGCCCAAGCCAAGCCACCACAGCAUCUCACUCAGCCCCAAGUGCAGCAGCAAACAAAACCCCCAUCUCAACAGCAUCAACAGCAGCAUCAUCCACAAUACCACUCACAGCAGCAUCAUCAUCAUCAUCAGCAGCAGCAUUCAAAGACCCAACCACAGCAGCACUUACAGUCUCAGCCAUCACACCAACCUCAACAGCAACCUCAUCAGCCCCAUUCACAAACACAACAGAAGACGCCAUAUCAACCACAAGCCCAACCUAAAUCACACACCCAAAAGCCCCAGACCCAAACUCACCCACAAACCCAGGUAACAGCAGGUAGAGAAACAUCUCAUGGACCUAUGCAGAUGGAGAAUGUUCAUGGAUCAAAUAGUAUGCCCUCUCAGCAAGCAAAGUCUCAACCAGUCCAGCAAAGAGAAACAAUAAGCCAAGGAUACCCAAAACCUACUGCCCCUCAGGAAAUUUUGAGAUCUUCUCCGCAGCACCCUCAACUUCAGGCAAAGCCUUCACCGGGUGAACAGAGGAGAAGUGUACCAAGUUCUCCAGCAAAAACCAUCCCAGCUGCUACAUCUCAUGGAGCCCAAGAUCAAGCCCAGGAAGGUCUCACUGGAAAAUUGUUUGGCUUUGGGGCUUCUCUUUUGAACCAAGCGACCACGCUCAUUUCGGUUCCAGCAGAGACCACCCCACAAAGCCAACAGUCACCAGGCAAAGUGCCUCCAAAAAUAGUCUUUAGUGAUGCAAGCAAGGAUGUUGGCUCUAAAACCCAGGGACCUGCCUCUGCUGUACCAGGCAGAACUGAAGGUUCUCCUCUUCACAAACAAGGAAAGACUGAACAUGUUGUAAAGCCAAAGGAUGUGCCGAAAGUCAUGUGCCCGUUGUGUAAAACAGAACUUAAUGUGGGCUCUAGUGAGCCAGUGAAUUAUAACACCUGCACUUCAUGUAAAAAGCAAGUGUGCAACAUGUGCGGAUUCAACCCAACCCCUCACCUUGUGGAGAAAAAUGAAUGGCUGUGUUUGAAUUGCCAAACUCAGAGGCUUUUAGAGGGAAGCUUAGGCGAUGCUCCACCAUCUGCCCUACCACAUACAGCAAAGCAACAGCUUCCUGGUUCACCUCGGCAUGGUCAAGGAGUUACACCAACAGCCUCACCCAAGCAUCUGCCAGGAACCCCGGCAACAGGAUCUCCCCGGCAUCAGCCAGUUCCUAGCCAGACAACAUCACCCCGUCAUCAGAAAACAGGACCUACUCAGACACCAUCAUCCCAGCCCCAGAAACCAGGACCUAUAUCAACCCUUUCCCAUACAACUGGUACAGCAGGUCAACAAAAAGCAAUAUCACAUCAUCUCCCAGGACAUCAGCCAGAGACUUUUCAAGACAAACGUAUACCUGAAUCAGAUCAACUCAGGAGUUCGGAACAGGGUAAGGCACAGACCAUUCGUGAAGAUAAAAAACACCCAGAGGCAAUCACCCAAUCCAAAACUCCUGCAGAAUCUCAAAAGGUGUCAAAACAGCUGGUGCCAAAAGGAAAGAGCUCUGGGAGCAAAAAGGAAUCCGGAACACGGAACAGCAAGUCGUCUUCUGAGAUUCAAAAGGCUAAAGAUCUGGAGGAUAUAAGCAAGCCUUAUUCUCAUGAUGUAUCACGUAGCCCUCAAAGCCUAAGUGACACAGGUUAUUCUUCAGAUGGAAUUUCUAGUUCACAAAGUGAGAUUGCUGGACUAGUACAGCAAGAGGAAGAGAAAUUAAAUGGAACAGGUAUAUCUCAGCGCAGCCCUCCGAGUCCAUCUGAACUUACUAAAUUAGAAAGCACUGUAAGACCUCUUUUGGAAACUAAAGGCCAGGGACACGGUGAUAACGGAAAAAUGAUUCAUUCUUUACGAGAAGAUCAGAGGCAAAAGCAGAGGCCACGAUCACUUUCUAUUACUCCUGAAGCCUUUGAUUCAGAUGAAGAAUUGGAAGAUAUCCUUGAAGAAGAUGAAGACUCUCUAGAGUGGGAAAACCAGAGGGAUCAAAGGGAAAUUGUUGAGUCAUCUGAUGAUUUUGGCAGUAAGCUACGGCAUGACUAUGUUGAAGACAGUAGCGAAGGAUUUUCACCUUUGCCAACUAGGCAAGUAAAGGGACCAUUUUCUGAUGAGGAGUUUAUGAGAAGGCAGAUUCUAGAAAUGAGUGCAGAAGAAGAUAAUCUUGAAGAUGAUGAUGAAGAAGAGUAUAAUCAUGUAAAAUAUAGUAGUAGCAAGAACGGACAAAAGACAGACUCUGAAAAAAACAAAGUCUCUUCUUCAAAAAGGCGUACUGCUUACAAUGCAAGUAACAUGUAUGAGGAAAACAGAAAAGAUAUGGAAGCUGAAGAUGAAGAGGAUGUUGCUGCUUCUCAAGGAGGACUCAGACGUUUUAAAACCAUUGAAUUAAACAGCACAAAUAGUUACAACCGAGACAUGGAUCUUGACCAUGAGACAGAUAUAAGUUUGGACAGAGAGCCAGAGUUAGAAAUGGAAAGCUUGACUGGAUCACCAGAGGAAAGAUCUAGAGGAGAUUAUUCUUCAACUUUACCGGCAACAACACCAAGUUACACCUCUGGUACCUCUCCUACAUCCAUGUCAUCUCUUGAAGAAGAUAGUGACAGUAGCCCUAGCCGAAGACAGCGAUUGGAGGAAGUUAAGCAACAGAGAAAAGCAAGGCAUCGCUCCCAUGGUCCCUUAUUGCCAACCAUAGAGGAUUCUUCAGAGGAAGAUGAACUUCGUGAAGAAGAAGAGCUUCUAAGAGAGCAAGAAAAAAUGAGAGAAGUUGAACAGCAGCGUAUUCGGAGCACUGCACGUAAAACAAAAAGAGACAAAGAAGAAUUGAGGGCACAAAGAAGAAGAGAGAGAUCCAAAACUCCUCCCAGUAAUCUAUCUCCCAUUGAAGAUGCAUCCCCAACGGAAGAGCUAAGGCAAGCUGCAGAGAUGGAAGAGCUACAUAGAUCAUCCUGUUCAGAAUACUCACCUUCAAUAGACUCUGAAGCAGAAGGUUUUGAAAUAAUUGCUUCUAAACUAUAUAAGUCUGGAAGUGAGUAUAACUUACCAACAUUUAUGUCUCUAUAUUCUCCAACAGAGAAAUCUCCAAGCAGCUCUAAUAGUAAGCCUUUGAAAAGUGCAGAAGAGGUGUAUGAAGAAAUGAUGAGGAAAGCUGAAAUGUUUCAGAAACAACAGAUGCAGCAAUCUCAGCAAAGCAUGAUUUAUGGCAAUAAUUAUCAACAGGUUGGUUAUAUUGGUACAGAAAACCAGAAUAAUUUUGAAUAUCAGUACAUUGAUGAGUACAGCUAUGAGUCUGGUCAGGUUGGUGGCUCUCAAACUGACUACCACAUGGAUUUAACAAAGUCUGGUACUGUUUAUGAUGAAAUUUUGCAAACAUCACAGAACAUUGCUAGGAUGCACCAGUCCUCAUCAAUGGAUUUAUCAAUGCCACCAGAGGAUAAGAAGGCUGAAUCCUACCAAGAUAAACAGUUUCUGAAUGCAGAAAAUGCAUACAAUGACUUAAUGAAACAAGCAAGUGGGGCUCUCACACCUGGAACAAGUCCCACCCAGUUAGCCGCACCAGUGUCAUUUGCAUCUUCUGAAAGUAGUAUAGGGAGAGUGAUACCUAAUGUGCGUGUAACUCAACACUUUUCUAAGGAUGGACUAGAUCAAGCAAAGCUCCACAGUUCAUCCUCAGUACCCAGCACCAAAACUAUAACAUCUACUUAUCAGUAUGGAAAAGGAUCUACCACCACCACAUCUACAAUAAGUCAGACAUUUACAUCAAAUGCAAGCACAUCUCCUAUGUAUUCUGAUGUAAUUCAUAGAAGCUAUGCACAUUCCAAAGGCACCACUGAUUAUAGCUCAAAUGAAGAUCAGUAUAGAAAUAGAGUUGUUGCAGAGAAGCAAGAUAACUUACAGAGCAAAGAUGAUACUAGGGAAAAUGUUUCUUUGACAUCAAAAGUUAUUUCUUUUUUUAAGAGCUCUAGUCCCCCACUUUCACCUACCUCACCAACACAAAGUCCAACACAUUCACCUUCAAGAAUCAGUUUGUCAUCUGGAAACAGAUCUACUUCUGAAUUCUCGUCUCAAACUCAUGGUACUUAUCGACAAUCUGAUGUUCCUUCAACCACUUCCACUUUCUCAAUGUCACCUAUGGUGGCUCAUGGCACACAGACAUCAGAUCGUACUAGGUCACCUCGUCUCUCAAGGCAGCAGUCUUCUCAAGAAGCUCCUUUUAUGGUCAUCACAUUAGCAUCUGAUUCAUCAAGCCAAACUAAGCCUAAAACUGUCAGUUCCUCUACCUCACCAGUAACAUCUCCAACCAGACUUAACCGUCAACAAACUAUUCAAAAUUACAAUCAAACAUCAAAUAGUAGUUCUCAAACUCAUCAAGCACAAAUACAACCAAGCUACACAAAGGCACAUACAAUCAUAGAAAGGACUUCCACGUCUAUGAAAGGACCUGCAACCUCUGUUACCGAUAGUUCUACUGCUACAUAUAACUGGGGUCCUUUACCACCUGAGAACAUAUCAUUAUGUAGAAUAUCUUCUGUCCCUGGUACAUCUAGGGUGGAGCCUGGUCCAAAACAUAGUGGCAGUGCUGUUGAUUUACGAACUGCAAUUAAAACAGCACCAGUUAUUAUGACAGACCAUGGCAUGGAUCUUACUUCAUUAGCUACUGAUUCUAGGAGAUAUUCAUUAAAUAUGGAACAGUCUCCAACACGGCACUCUACAGCUGUCCAGCCUCUGAUUGUUAAUUUAAAUGCUCAAGAACAAUCUCAUGCUGCUAUAGGUACAGCUACCACAGUCAGCAUAACUGUUGCUUCUUCUAUGAUUGCAUCACAGACAAAACAACCAUUAGUCUAUGGGGAUCCAUAUCAAAACAGAGUAGACUUUGGACAAGGGACUGGAAGUGCAGUAUGUUUAACACAAGUUAGACAUGUAGAACAAGCUACUCAGUCAGGCAUGAUGAGGGGAGGGAUAAAUAGUGGUGGUGUAUCUGCUGUUGUCAGCAAACCAGAAGAAAAUGUUGGUAUGCAGAAAGACAUAUUUGCAAGAUAUAAUCUUCCCAGUCAGGUACCCUCCAUGGUUAAAAGAGAUGUGGUAGCACAAACAAGUAACAUCCAUAAUGUUGCUAACCUAAAUUCUAUGCCAAGGCAAUUCCAACAAGAUAAAGGUAUGGUUUCUGCAGAAACAUACAGAGGGGUACAUGAGCAAAAAGCACAAGUUCCUUCAGUUAAUCUUGCUGGAAACCAGCCUCACACUAUGAUGGUACAGUUAGAUGAAAUGACAUCUGGGCCAGUAACUAAAAUUAUUCGAGAAGAGCCACCACCAUCAAAUGCUUUGGAUCUUACUGGAAUCAAACCUGAAAGUCAAGUAGUCUGCUGUGAUGUGGUCUACAAGUUCCCCUUUGGAGGUAGUUGUGCAGGGUCAUACAAUCCUUCAAAUGUGCCUGAUAAAAGUGGUGGGGAUACAGCACAGCAAGUGAGACCUGGAGGUCAGUACUAUGGUCAGAGGGAACAAGACCUCUCAGAAAACUAUCCUUAUAGGGAGUCAAAACCUCUGCCACCUCUACCUGCUCCUGUGACUCAAAAUAUGUAUGAAGAACAGAGAUUCUAUCAAUUUGGUACAAUGGGCAGGUUACAUUCAUCCAUGUCAGAAACCAAUUUGUCUGACAUUGGAAUGAACUACCAACCAUAUCCUGCCACUGGAGGAGACUCUGCUAUGGACUUGACUACAAUGAAAAGCUCAUACAGCAUGAACUUCACAAAUGGGAACUAUUCGGGCCAAGGAUUGCAGUAUGGUUCAUUCACUGACCUUAGGCAACCCACUGAUUUAUUUAGUAACUCAUUACCCAUGAGAAGGUAUAACUCUAUGUCAAAUAUUUACUCUGACUACAGAUAUUCCAGAGAUUUGUCAAACUUGCAAGAAUCUAACCUUGCCCAAUACAGUGCAACAACAGCUCGUGAAAUUAGUAGAAUGUGUGCAGCACUUAAUUCUAUGGAUCAGUAUGGGGGUAGACAUACUAGCAGUCCUGAUAUGUUGCAGUAUGGGCCUGCUGCUGGGCCUUCGACAAAUAGCAUCCUAUCAGGUCAGCAGGGAAUGGCAUCUAUUAGACAAAACAUGAUGCAUGGUCCUCAUUUCUCAGAUAGUCGACAAGGUUUUGGAAACUUAGCACAGUAUAAUAUUUCUGGUCUGCGAUCUGGAGCUAUUAGGCAGAUGUAUCCACCUGCCCCUACUGUUAGAGCUGCUGAUGGUAUGAUUUACUCAACCAUCAAUACACCUAUAGCAUCUACACUUCCAAUAACAACACAGCCAGCAUCUGUUCUUAGGCCAAUGAUUCGAGGUUUGUAUAGGCCAUAUGGUACAGGGAAUAUGACAGCUGUACCACUAGCAAGCUUAACAAGAGUUCCCCUUGUAGCCCCAAGGAUGCCUCUUGCACAGCAAUACCGUUACCCUUCAGUAAGCAGGUUUCCAGCUGCUACAACAGCUUCAGUAAUAGAAACCCCUGUAUAUUUAGGGAAACCUGCUACCACAUUCACAUCUAGUACAACCACAACAAUUGCCAGUACUGGAACUGCUCUUCCAGCCACCACAGCUCCUUCAAGUUCUGUUACAUCUUCUACCUUGAGAACAGAACAGGUUGGAACAGUGUCUAGUGAUGUUCAAGCAAAUGCUGGUUUACAAAGUUCAGCUUCAAAAGAUCCUGGUUCAACCCAACAACAACAUACAGGUCAAAAACUUGCUUCUGAAAGUCAGUCAACCUCCACAUCCCAGAAGGCUGGAAUAGAAAAAGAAGAGAAGGAGAAAGAUGAGGAGAGACAAAGAAAGCAACAAGAACACAUAUUACAGAUUGAGAGAGAAAGAAUUGAGUUGGAAACACUGAGACAAAUGCGCUUACAUGAGGAAUUAGAGAGAGAGCGGUUAGAACUGCAACGACAUAGAGAAAAGGAGCAGAUGUUGGUUCAGAGGGAGUUGCAAGAGCUGCACACAAUCAAACACCAGGUACUGCAGCAACAGCAGGAAGAGCGCCAGGCUCAGUUUGCUCUGCAAAGGGAGCAGCUAGCGCAGCAGCGUUUACAGCUUGAGCAAAUUCAGCAACUACAGCAGCAUCUACAACAACAGCUUGAGGAGCAGAAAAGACAGAAGACCUUGCCACCACCAGCUGAACAAACUGCAAGGCUUCCGCCUCAGACUGUAUCAGAAAUAGCUAUAGAAAUGCAGAGAACUCUUGCUCAAACUGGCCACUGGCCACCUAUGAACCAACCAUUUAUGGCUAUGGCACCCACAAUACCAGAUGCUCAAGGACAGCCUCGCUUCCCUGGGCCACAAAGGCCACUGACCAACUCUACUUCAGAGAUGUCACUUCAAACAGAGGUGCAGUGGGAGGUAAACAGGCCUAUAAAGAAGAGAAACUCUAUGCCACGCUUAAGAGAUGCAUACAAUACAGAUGAUGGUCAUGAACAAUACAUAGUUAAGAAGAUCACUGAUAGCAGCGUGCAAACUGAUGAUGAGGAUGAGGAGGACAAGUUUUACAUGUCACGAAGGCGCAGAACAAAACGCAGCACUGACUGCAGUGUCCAGACAGAUGAUGAGGACAAUGCUGAAUGGGAGCAACCAGUGCGUAGGCGGAGGUCCAGGUUUUCUCGCCAUUCUGAUUCAAGUUCAGACAGCAAGCAUGAUUCAAAGGGGACAUCAAGCAUUGCUAUCCAAACUAUUAGUGACUGCUCUGUGCAGACAGAGCCAGACCAACUUCAGAGAGUUUCCCCAUCUAUUCAUAUUACAACCCACGAUCCUAAGGUUGAAAUUGUUAAGUACAUAUCUGCUCCAGAAAAGACUCAACGGGGAGAAAGCCUUGCCUGCCAAACUGAACCAGAAACCCAAUCCCAUGGAAUUGUGGUUCCCCAGCUCAGUGUCCCUACAACCGUAACACCAUAUUCGUCCAACAUACAGAUUGUAACAUCAGGGCCCAUAGAUGCUAACAUUUCUAGACAGCAGGGGGCAAGUAAGUUUGAAAAGAAGAAGCCUGACCCAUUAGAAAUUGGUUAUCAAUCCCACUUACCAACAGAUACUCUCUCUCAACUAUUUACUCGGCAGCCCCCUAAGUCUCCCCAGGUACUCUACUCUCCUGUAUCACCACUGUCACCUCAUAGGUUGCUGGAGUCCACCUUUACUUCUAGUGAAAGACUCAACAAGGCACACGUAACUCCCCAAAAGCAUUUCACAGCUGACAACACUCAACGCCAGCAGAUCCUACCACGUCCCAUCAAAACCAUGCAGCGAUCCUUAUCAGAUCCUAAGCCCAUCAGUCCCACAUCUGAGGAUUCUACAAAGGAUAGGUUCUCUUUGUAUCAGCAUCAGUUGCUACAAAGUAGCCAGAUUUCAGCUUUCCAACCAAACACUUUGACACGCAAAGUGAAGAGAACCCUACCCAGCCCUCCUCCUGAAGAAGCUCAUCUUCCCCUUAUUACCAGUCAGGCUCAUUCUCAAAUGUACAUGCCCAAUCUCACUCAGAAGAUGAUGGGAAGUCAAGCUAUGCAGCUACCGAAAGUUGGUUUCCUUAAAACCAUUGAUCAUGACCUCAAGAUGGUAGAACAAGAAUCCACAAAGCUUCGGAAGCAGCAAGCUGAGCUAGAAGAGGAGGAAAAGGAGAUAGAUGCCAAGUUAAAAUAUUUAGAACUUGGUAUAACUCAAAGAAAAGAGACUGUUGGCAAAGAUAGAGGGGGUACACAAGAUUUCUCAUACCUAAGAUGUUUGGGUGAGAACAGGGAUUAUAUGUCAGAUAGCGAGCUCAACAACAUCCGAAUUUCUGGCUAUGAUAGCAAUACUCUUUUAAAUAGGACUGGCACUAACACCCAGUAUUCUGACUUUCAGACCACACAGCAGUUCCAAACAGCAACAUCUAGUUACACACCUAACAGUUACCAAUAUACCACUGGUCAUAAUGUAGCCCCUGUAUCAACCACAAUUCAGCAGACACGAUUUCAACAACCUCAGUAUUCUGUAUCCAGUAACGGUCCAUCUCAAACUAGCUUUCAGUCUUCGAUAUCUGGUUAUCCCAUGCAAAGUUCAUAUCAAACUCACACUGUUGCUCAGACUACAACGUACCAAUCAGAUCUUGGUCUUCAAAGCCAUUCAGGUUUUCGUCAACCAAAUCCUUAUCAGGCUCAGACAACAUAUGCAAACCAGUCUUCAUUGCAACCAACUUUAAAUUCAGGCUUUCAACCACAGGGUGAUACCCAUACUACCCAUCAAAAACCAAGACAGACAUCACUAGCUGACUUAGAGCACAAAGUAUCUACUAACUAUGAAGUGAUUGCAAACCCAACUGUGGUAAUAUCAUCAGCUACGCCUGAUACAGCCUUUAGUAGCACUACAGUGGCCAGUAACUUUGACCAGUACAAGGCUCCAGAGGGAAGGCCUGCAGAGAGAGGUAAUGGAGCGGAAAGCCCUUCAAGUAGUUACACAUCAGAUUCUCUUUAUAGUAAUCUUGAGCAAAAUAUCCCCCGUAACUAUGUGAUGAUUGAAGAUAUAAGUGAACUUACCAAAGAAAACCCACCUCCAGCAGAAAGCCAAAAAGUAGAGCCUCUUCCUCAGUCUCUCCCACAGAGCAGUAAUGGGCGCCAAGUAAAAGAAAAAAAUGGUCAUGUUGAAGCUGAAAGUUCAAACAAAUGUUGUUAUUCUAGGGUUGAAGAGGAGUCUGAAGAAGAUAUGUAUGAUCACCAUAGCUCAGACUACAGAGGCAAAAGCAGCUAUCAGAGAAGUUCUGAAAAUAAUGGCCGUGAUUCUGGUAGCGGUAACUACUAUUAUGGUGAAAGUGAUUCUAGACACAGCACACGUUUAGACAAACAUGGAUCCAAUUCUGGGAUGCACAAACAUUCAUCGAAAAACCUGGCACCAGCUGUAGUUUCCUCCAAACGCAGCAAGCAUCGAAAACAGGGGAUGGAGCAAAAAAUCUCAAAGUUCUCUCCUAUUGAGGAGGCAAAAGAUGUAGAGUCUGACCUUGCAGCUUCUUAUCCUGUGACCACAUCUGUUAGCAACAACAAUAGUGUGUCAUCAAGAGCAAAAAAGCUUCAGGAUGAGAUUACUUAUGGAUUGAAGAAAAAUGUGUAUGAACAGCAAAAGUACUAUGGUGUUUCUAGUCGAGAAAUGGUAGAGGAAGAUGAUCGAAUAUAUGGCAGUGGAAGUCGAUCAAGAUCAGCUUCUAGUUAUGGUAUAGAAAAAUCAAGUAGAGAUUCUGGAAGCAGCAGGAGCAAAUCCUAUGAACGAGAUUGUGCAGACAGAUACCAUAAAUCAAGCACAAAACCUUCCUCUCUUAAUAUGAGUCAAAGCCGAGGAAGAGCUCCAGUGCGGACACAGGCUUCAGAAGAGGAAAGUCCAGUUAGUCCCCUCGGAAAGUCUAAAGGUGUCUCUCAUUCAUCUGGUGGACACGUGUCUCAGUCAGCAGCAGAGAGUUGUCCUCAGUUUUGUUCCAGUCAUUCGCUGCCUGAUGUGCAAGAACAUGUCAAAGAAGUGCCAAGGACCCACACAUAUAAACAAGAAGAAAAUUACAUGAUGGAUGACACACACUGUGUUGUCUCAGACAGUGAAGCCUAUCAUUUGGGUCAGGAGGAAACGGAUUGGUUUGAUAAACCCAGGGAGGCUCGCUCAAAGUACUAUAGUUCACACUCUUCAUCACAGAAGAAAAUGCCAGUUAAACACACUUACCAUGAUUAUGAUGAACCCCCAGAUGAAGACAUGUGGCAACAUGAUGACUAUUCUCAGUCUCGUCACUCAUCUAAUAAAGAUCACAGACAUGGAGAAUCCGGAAGACAUUCUUCAUCUCGUCAUCCUGAAGAUCAAUCCAGACGUUCAUCUAAACAGUACAUGAGAGAGCAAGGGCGCCAUGAUCCCCGUCCUCAUUCACACCCUUCUUCUACUUCUUCUUCUUUGAAGAAGUCUCAACAGUCUGAUUCAAGAACACAGUCUGGGUACCCUUCAAGCUCUGCUGACUAUGUGUCUCAGUCAAGAGAGUCAAGAUCAGCAUCAAGUUAUCACCAUACUUCUGAAUCACAAAAGUCACAGAGGCAACCCCAAACAUCACAACAACAAAAGACUGAAUCCCAGCCUCACCACCAACAAUCACAACAAACAAGACAACAGCAACCUGGGCAACAAUCAAGACAACAGCAGUCACAGCAGCAACCUUCCAGGCAACAACAGCAACCAGUUGGAUCUUCACAACAAUCCUCUCAUCAGUCGCCUCAUCAGCAAUCAUCUCAUCAAAGCACUCACCCACCAACUGCUCAUCAGCAAGGCUCUCACCAACCAUCUAGGGCACAAGCACAGCAGCAGCAACAGCAACCAUCCCAACAACAGCAGCCACCGCAGCCACAGCAGCAAUCAUCACAAGUGCAGCCUGCUUCACGCCCACCCCAACAGCAGCAACAACCUUCACAAACAGCAAAACCACAGCAGACUCCAACGCCUAGUGCUCAGCCAUCAAUGACUCCAAAAAUAGAGCCGGUGGAUACUGCAAAGACUGCGGCAAAGCCUGCACCCCAACAAGCAAGAGUGCCCCCAGCUCAGACGCAAGUACCGGCUGCAGGUAUUAAAAUUGGUCAAAAACCAAUGACAACACCUGUAGGCACAGCUGGUAUGGCAUCUGGACAGUCAGGUUCCGAAGGGGAGAGUGUGUUCUCCAAGAUCCUCCCAGGAGGAGCGGCGGAACAAGCAGGCAAACUAACCGAAGCUGUGUCAGCAUUCGGCAAGAAAUUUUCCUCCUUUUGGUGAGAAAGCUCUUUAAGAGGGGAGAUUGAAAAAAAAAAAAAAACUAUGAAGUCAUCUGUCAACAUGCUGCAUGGAACUCUGGGUAUAACUUCUGCUUUAGGAAAUAUGGAAGCCCUGGCCAGAGAAAUACAAGAGGAACCUUCUGUUGGUGCAUCAAGAUUUUUUACACUAUAGAUCAAAAAUGCUUUCUAUGGGUUCCACCCCAUGAAAUAUUGGAGCACUAACUAACUGGACAACUCUCGCAUGUAUAAUGAUCAAAUAAUCUAGAAACAAGAGCCACAAUGAACAAAUCUUAUAAAUAAGUUUGACAAGGCGUAGGAUACAAUCUCCAGCAGACAUUUAUGUUACCUAUAUUAACCAGGGUUUUCAUGUUCUCUAAUUGUGUUUAUACUCAGAGUUCUUGGACUUGGCACUUAUUUUGACAGGGUUCGUCUUCAUAUAUUUUUCCACAAUCUCCACUCAAGAGCUUUGAAAAGAGGGCUGGGAGCUACCUGCUCCACAUAUCCUGUAACAUUCCAAUUUCGACCAAUGAUACCUUGCGCGCAGAUAAUAUCCCGUGUUCCCUCUUUAUUCAUCAGGGACACAGAAACCAAAUCCAAUGCGCUAGACAAUGGCAAGGAAGAAAACUUUAAGACAAGGACCUACCACUGUUCAUCCUACUGAAACACGAGGCCAUAGGACUUUGAAAGGCAGUGUGUUGACUGGCUGAUUACACCAAUACUGGCCAGACAUGUCUGUCACCUCGCAGUAAGCCAUCUUAUAGCCAUUGAAAUGGCAAUAUCCAUGUCUGUCUCUUUCAAUCCUUGGUUUAUUUUACUUUUUUUUACUACUGGUUUUUAUUUUAUUUUUUUCUAUUCCGCCUUAACCAUUCAAGUUUAAUUUUUUAACAGUUCUCAUAUUUAUUUUUAUUGUUGAUGUGUUUGUUAGUUUUUUUUUCCUGUCUUUAUUUAUUUAUUAUUAUUUAUUAUUUUUUUUGCAAUCAAUCAGCACGUAAGGUGUCUCUAGAAGCAAUAGAGAGCAGACAAAGAGCACAAAAUAAUAGCGGAGGACAUGGGGAACACUAUCUCCUUAUCUCUUCUUUUCUAAAGACUGUGCAUUAAGUCCUAAAGCCAUCGCCAGUGGGCAUGCUCAGAGAAACGACAAGGUCUUCAAAACCCAAGAAUAUCCCUUCUUCUGAUGCAUGUAACCAUAUGGAAUACACCAUCCAUAUCCUGAACUAUUCAACUGUUGUAAAGUUGCUCCAGUGUCUGCUUAUUUUUGAGCCUUUCCUGUCCUGUUGAGCAUGCUCAAAGCUGACAAUCUCAUUAGUCUAUCCAUUGGCGCUUCCAUUCACUUUGGGUUGCAGCAACCGAUUAUCAUGUCUAAUUGUCUAUGCAACGAAAUACAAAUUCAAGGGAGGGGUGGGUAAUAUUGUGUUCAUAUUUAACAUUUUAAUGUUAUGUAUAAAGAUUUAUUUAAAUAUGUGCUAUUGAGAAACUGGGUUGAUAUGCUUAUAUCUAAUCCCUGUGUGUAUGAUGUUCAAACUUAGUGGCAUGUUUGACUCCUUUUGAGAGACACUUUGCCAAAGGCUAGUAGCCACAUCGCCUGUACGAGUUGUCUUUUGUCUUACUGCAUGGCUUGUUCUACUGUACUUUGCACGGUUUCAUCUAAUUUGAAUGACUUGCUAGGAAUAUAUAUUUUUUUAAUUUAUUAUUAUGUAUAGUCUCCUAUGUUCUAAUUAGCCAUUUUGCCAAUCUGUGCACUUGUUUUGGAGGAUGUUAAAAAGUUGUCUAGGAGUUGGUCUGCAGACUGUUUCAUUAAUUGUUAUGUGACUUAUUAUUUAUUAUGCUUGGGGCCGAGAGAAGUGGUUUAAGGACAUUCCACUCUAUUAAUAAGUAGAAUUAAACAAGGAACCUUAGACCAACGUGUUUAUGAAUAUGCACCGUUUUAAACUAUUGACAAUACACUAUUUGACCCAGAAGUCCACAUUUAAUUAGUAAAAUAAAAUAUAGUGCAGAACAUGAAACCCAGUCUAUCAGGGAGGUUUUCUACAAUAGAAAACAUUCUAUGUCUGAGUGCAUGUUCAUAUGUUACUUUUUUAUUGGGCUUGAUCAGUCCCCUUGGCUGCAGAGAAAAAUUAUA